CGACGGAAGUACUAUUUACUCUACAGAAGCGCAGCAAUAUGCCUAACGAAAGUGGAAGCAACGGUUGCAGCAAGGGAUUGCCGUUUCCAAAACCGGGUGACGAGGUAGUGAUUUCUGGGAUUGCCGGGAGGUUCCCGGAGUCACAUAACGUAGCGCAUUUCCGAGAGAACCUUUUCAAUAAGGUAGACCUUAUUACCGAUGACGAUCGUCGUUGGAAAUUGGAAAAUUCAGAUAUUCCUAAAAGAACUGGAAAGGUAAACGAUAUUGACAGGUUCGAUGCACAAUUUUUCGGCAUAAACUUCAAGGAAGCUCACACGAUGGAUCCCACGGCUAGAAUGCUGUUGGAACACACUUACGAAGCUAUCAUUGACGCUGGAGUUAAUCCAGUGCAACUUCGUGGAACUAGGACUGGUGUCUUUCUCGGCACUUGCUGCAGCGAAUCUGAACAUGAUUGGAUGUAUACAACAUUGCAGGUGAACGGAUGGAGUGCAGUCGGCUGCUGCAAGGCUAUGAUAGCUAACCGAAUCUCUCAAUGGUUGGGAUGUACAGGACCCAGCUACUCUAUGGACACAGCGUGUAGUUCCAGUUUGUUCGCAAUGGAUCAUGCGUACAAGGCAAUUAGGACCGGUGAAUGUGAAGCAGCCAUCGUUACAGGGUGCAACCUAUGUCUCCAUCCAUAUGUGUCAUGCCAGUUCUUUCAUCUCGGUGUACUUUCUCCCGACGGACGCUGCAAGUCAUUUGACAAUGAAGCGAAUGGCUACGCCCGCAGCGAAGCCGUAUCUGUUAUCUAUCUCCAGAAAUCGAAGGAUGCAAAACGUAUUUAUGCGCAUGUCGUGUACACCAAUACCAAUUGUGAUGGUUUCAAAGAAGAGGGCAUCACGUUCCCGUCGAACAAGAUGCAACGCACAUUACUUGAACAAUUUUAUGACGCGUGCGGAGUCCCACCGUCGAGUUUGGGUUUCGUAGAAGCACAUGGGACCGGAACCCCAGUUGGUGACCCUGUGGAACUCGAUGCUAUCGACAAAGUAUUUUGCCCUGGUCGAACUACUCCACUACGAAUUGGUACAAUCAAGUCAAAUAUUGGACAUACCGAACCAGCAAGUGGUCUUUGUUCUGUAACCAAGGUUGUGAUUGCGAUGGAGAGUGGAUACAUUCCGCCAAAUAUAAAUUAUAAUCGUCCACGUGAAGGAAUCAAGGCUUUGGAAACUGGUCGCAUUCAAGUUGUCACUGAACCAACGCCGUGGGAAGGCGGUUACGUUGGCAUAAACUCUUUCGGCUUUGGGGGUGGUAACGCACACGUGCUUCUGAAGUCGAAUACGAAAGAGAAGAUCAGAAAUGGCUCACCUGACGACGAUAUGCCCAGACUUGUUGUCGUAUCCGGGCGAACAGUGGAAGCUGUGAAUACUUUGUUGGACGACCUCGAGAGUAGACCAGUAGAUGUGGAAUACGUCGGCCUCUUUCAUAAUAUACACGCUAGAGAAAUUCCCGGCCAUCCAUACCGUGGAUACACGAUAUUUCCUCCCCGGGGCGUAUUGCGGAAGAACGUGAGAGAUGUGCAAUAUUAUUCGGGUGGAAAACUGUCGACAACGCUGAUUUUUAAUGGAUUUGGAUCUCAGUGGAUCAAAAUCGGUCAAAGCCUGUUGCAAAUCCCGGUAUUUGCGAAGGCUCUACAAAAGUGCAACAUUGUUCUGAAAUCUUACGGUGUGGACAUUCUUGAUAUUUUCAUCAACGAAGAUCCGAAAACCGUCAACAACAUUACAAACUCGCUUGUUGGUAACGUUGCAAUACAGAUUGGCUUAGUUGAUUUAUUGUCAUCCUUAGGGAUCGCGCCGGAUUACGUUAUUGGGUAUUCAGAUGGAAUGUUGGGCUGUGCGUACGCCGAUGGUUGUUUGACUGCAGAACAGGCAGUUCUGGUGGCACACUUCAAAGAAAAUGUACUCACAAAAGGAGGAGAAUGGCUCGAAUCUUCAGCAAACGAUGUUUGUAAUCAUGAAGAUUUGACGCUUCUGCCGAAGCCGAAUUCUGAAGUCAUUAACGACGUUGUUACGGAGAAUUCUUCAAUUGACAAGCAAGAGAAAUCUCGGAAAAAUUUGACAACGAAGGAUAGCGAUGAACUUGCUAGGAAUGAGACCUACACCAGCAUCAUCAAUCACAGUGAAAAUACCGUAGCAGCAGAUCCGAAAUUACUAGCUUACUUGCGACAAGUCAUUCCGGAUCCAAAACCGCGUAGCCAUAAGUGGAUACAAAAAAGCGAGCGUAAGAACAGUUUGGAUCAGCUUUUUUCGGCUGAAUAUUGCAUAAAGAAUUUACUUAACCCAGUUGCAUUCGAAACUGCAUCAUACCUAAUACUGAAAAAUGCGAUAACUAUUACAAUGUCACCUGAUAAUCGGCUACCAAUGAACGGAGCCAAUAUUACUUUGACCAAAGAUGGAAUUGAAAACUACCUGGAAUUCUUACUUGUCGCCAUUGGAAAAAUGUACGAAGUUGGUUUGACUCCACAGUUGAGCAAGUUAUACCCCGACGUUCAAUAUCCAGUCAGCCGUGGGACUACGAUGAUUUCUCCGUUGAUACGUUGGGACCAUACCGAUGACUGGUACGUCACGGAUUAUCGUAACAUUGAGAAACUUACAGCUGGAGAGACAGUCGUUCGUAUAGAUAUCGCUGACGAUGAGUUUGACGCGAUGCCAGGGCAUGUAAUUGAUGGAAGAAACUUGGUACCUGCAACUUGUUACUUGAUAAUUAUUUGGCGAACUUUGGCAAGGAUGCAAGGCAAAGGAUAUGAUGACUCUUCGGUGGUAUUUGAAAACGUCAAAUUUCACCGGGCUACUGCUAUUCCAAAAAAAGGCAGUCUUGAGCUUCAACUUUCGAUUCACAAGGGCUCAGGUAGGUUUGAAAUCGUCGAAGGUGGUACUGCUGUGGUGAUGGGGUUCGUUCGUAUCGUCUUAAACGCAGCUCACGAAUGCAUCAGGCCCGAGUUGCUACCCAGAAAAAACGAAGAUCUCGUCCUGAGAAGUAAAGAUAUCUACAAAGAGUUACGUCUUCGGGGAUAUCAGUAUGCCGGAUUGUUUCGUGGCUUGAAAGAGGCAUCGCUCAAAGGAACCAAAGGUCUUAUAGCAUGGGAGAAGAAUUGGAUAACCUUCAUCGAUAACAUGCUGCAAGCAAAAAUUCUUGGAAUUGACACUCGAGGCUUAUUCGUUCCCACGGGUAUUCGGAAGCUGGUCAUUGACACAAAGUUGCAUUUUGAUCAGCGACGAUCAAUGCCCGAUGGCGAAAAAGUCUUCCCGGUAGAGGUUUACGAAGGUAUGGACAUUAUCGUCGCGGGAGGAGUAGAAAUACGUGGCCUGAAGGCUAGAGCCAUUUCCCGAAGAAAACCGAAUGGAGAACCGGUUCUUGAGAAUUACAAGUUUGUCGCGCAUCGCGAUAAAGCUGACACCGAACUACAAGUGGUGACCAGCAUUGCUACGCAGAUAGCGCUUGAGAAUCAUUCCACUCUAAAAAUAAAAACCAUAGAGAUAUUCGGCGAAGCGGAAAAUUUGUUAUGUGAAACUUUAAUAUCUCCUCUUAUCCAGAACGUUUUGAAUAACUUGCCAUUAUUACAAGCGGAUGUAAAUAUCAUUGCCCCACUCGAAAAAAUUGCGGUUGAUACAAUACCCGCAGGUAUUACAAUCUCGGAACUGAAAAAAUUGUCCACCGAAUCAGAUGCCCUUCUAGUUGUUACCCAUGGACUGCUUUGCAAUAAGAAUAUCACAGUGUUGAAAGAGGUCCAAGCUGUUAUGAAACAGACAGGUUUCAUACUUGCCAGAGAGCCACUGGAUGCGAAUAUUGAUAGUCUUCGAAGUGUCUUGAGUGAAAACUUUGAUGUCAUUCUUGAGAAAUCUACGUCAAAAGAAUUACUACUUCUUCUACGUAGCAAACAACAACUGUCUCCACUGACUACCGUGGUAAGAGUCAACAACGAUGAAUUCACAUGGAUCGAGAGUCUGAAAGCUGCUUUGAAGGAGGAGAAAGAUAAAGUUGCUCAUAACGGAAAUCGAGUACUUCUUGUAAGUGAAGGAGAUUACGAAAGUGGACUCAUAGGAUUGGUUAACUGCCUGCGCAGAGAACCAGGCGGUGAAGUUGUACAAGGACUGUUGAUUCAAGAUUCAAAAGCUCCAAAGUUCUCUUUGGAAAACCCGUUAUACGCCGAACAGUUGGAAUUGGGUUUGGCGUUGAAUGUUCUACGUCCUGAAAAAGUGUGGGGAUCCUAUCGGUUUCUACCACUGAAACCAGUGGUUUCCAAACCAGUCUACCGUACUAGCCUGAGCCAGUGUACCCCUGGAGAUUUAAGCUCUGUUCAGUGGAUUGAAAGUAUGAUUCAGCCCAACAACCAGAACAAGGACAUCAUCCAAGUGCAUUAUUCCUCGAUAAACUUCCGAGAUAUUAUGGUACUCACUGGAAAACUGGCACCGGAAGUUAUCACUAAAAGCAGACUGUUACAAGGUCACGUGUAUGGGUUCGAAUUCUCCGGAAGAGAUGUAAAUGGUCGCGCCGUUAUGGGGAUGGUUGAGGCCGGAGCUUUUACGAAUCUAUGUUUUGGUGGGAAAUAUCUUACUUGGCCGAUACCGGAGUGCUGGACUCUAGAAGAUGCAGCUACGAUUCCAGUUGUUUAUGGAACAGCAUACUUGGCGCUCACGUGGACCGGUAAAAUGAAAAAAGGAGACAAAGUUUUGAUUCAUGCUGGAAGCGGAGGCGUAGGGCAGGCAGCUAUAAGUAUAGCACUUCACGAAGGCUGCGAAGUUUUUACAACAGUCGGCACACCACAGAAACGAGAAUUCAUUAAAAAACAAUUCCCACAAAUCGAUGACGAUCAUAUCGGAAAUUCUCGAGAUACGAGUUUCGAGCAACUGAUUCUUCGGAAAACGCAAGGACAAGGAGUGGACAUCGUACUAAAUUCUUUGGCAGAGGAAAAGUUGCAGGCAUCGGUUCGUUGUUUAGCAGCUGGUGGACGAUUCCUGGAGAUCGGGAAAUUCGAUCUCGCCGCUGACAAUCCUCUGGGCAUGGAAGCCUUUUUGAAGAGCAUCAGUUUUCAUGCAAUCCUGUUGGAUAAUUUAUUUAUUGGCUUUCCGGAAGUGAGAAAAGUACUAUGGAAAAUGCUGACCGAAGGUAUACAGAGUGGUGCUGUCAAACCACUCGUUCGAACUGUAUUUCCAAUGGACCAGGCUGAAGCUGCUUUCAGAUACAUGGCAGGCGGGAAGCACAUUGGAAAGGUCAUUAUCAAAAUUCGUGACCAAGAUGAAGGAUGUCAGUAUCUUAGGCCUUUCGCAUUACCCCGCUAUUACUGUUCAGAAGAUGGCAGUUAUCUCAUUCUUGGUGGCCUGGGCGGUUUUGGUCUUGAGCUGGCCGAUUGGCUCGUACUUCGCGGAGCGAAAAAAUUGGUUCUCACAUCCCGUAAAGGAGUCAUUUCAGGAUAUCAACGUUUGAGAAUUAAUACUUGGCAAAGUUACGGAGUGAAGGUCAUCGUCACAGUAGGAAAAGAUGCCUGGACGCGAGAGGGAUGCGAGGCUAUUCUGAGAGAAGCAGCGUCACUUGGACCAGUUCACGCAAUUUUCAACUUGGCUGUUGUACUAAAGGAUGCCCUCUUCGAAAACCAAACUGAGGAAUCAUUCGUAGAGUCUUUCAAGGUCAAGGCCUGGACGACGAAGCAGAUGGAUAAAUUAUCGAGAACACUGUGCCCACAACUCAGGCAAUUCGUGGUAUUUUCAUCGGUAUCUUGCGGCAGAGGUAAUGUGGGACAAACUAACUACGGAAUGGCCAAUUCCAUCAUGGAAAGAAUAUGCGAAAAUCGAGUAGCAGAAAAGUUGCCUGGCUUAGCCAUACAAUGGGGAGCCAUAGGCGAUGUCGGACUUGUUGCUGAAAUGCAGGAAGAUAACAAAGAAAUUGUUAUCGGUGGUACCCUGCAGCAAAAAAUACUUUCUUGUCUGCAAGAACUCGAUGCUUUUCUGAAUCAAGACUCUCCAGUAGUGUCGAGUAUGGUAGUUGCUGAGAAAAGGUCCGGUGGCGACAGAACGAAUAUUGUCGGGACAGUCGUGGAUAUAAUGGGACUCAAAGACCUUAAAACGGUUAGUCUGCAAACACCGUUGUCAGAACUUGGAAUGGAUUCAAUGAUGGCAGUUGAAAUCAAACAGACGUUGGAACGUGAAUUUGAAGUAUUUCUGACAGCAGCGGACAUUCGUAGUCUUAAUUUUGCAAAGUUGCAGGAAAUGUCAGCAAAACAGACGAAAGAAAAUGAAAAUGCGAAAGAGCUGGAGCUUAAUACUGAUGAAAACUUGACGGGCAUGAAACUGCUUCUAAGAGUUCUGGGCACUGAUUAUCAACUGAACAAAAAUGUUUGUGUCCCUUUAUCGACACAGGCAAAGAAUGGAAGACCAGAAAUAUUGAUAAUACCUGGAAUCGAAGGAACACACUCUAUAUUCCAGCCUUUGAUCGGUAAAUUCAAAUCACCAACAACAUGUUUGCAGCUUGGAAUAGCUUCUUCGAAGUCAAUUGAGAACUUGGUUGACUAUCUGAUCCCACAUGUCGAAGCCAGGUACGAAGGAUGUCGCGACUUUGCGAUCGCUGGGUAUUCCUUUGGAUCUAUAAUCGCGAUUGAGCUUGCAAGACGCUUGGAGUCCAAAGGCUUUAGCGGUCGACUAGUGUUGAUAGAUGGUUCACCUGAUUACAUGAAGGCUCUGUGCAGGGAACACAUCAUCGUUGACGACGACGCGCAGAUGCAAUCUGUGUUAUUACUGGGAUUCAUGGAUGCGGUUGACCCAUCGAAGAGGACAGAGCUGGCCGUAGGGUUAAAAAAGUGUUCCACCUGGGAGGAGAAGUUGGCAGUCUUCACCAACAAUGUACCUGCGGAUAGAAAUUUGAAUUUCACUGUAGAAGACCAACAAGCCAUGUGUUCAUCAUUUUACAAUCGAAUCAAAGCUGUCCUGAGUUAUAACUUUCCUGUAACGUCACGCCUCAACACACCGAUAACCUUAAUCAAACCAACGAUUCAAGCCGUACGCACAAUAUCAGAAGACUACGGUCUGGGAUUGAUCACUUGCAAGAAAGUAGAAAUAUGCUACGCGAAAGGCAACCAUGUCUCGAUGUUGGACGAUGACAUUUGUGCAGCAGCCAUCGAUGGAAAAUUUCUCGAAGAUAUCGAAAUAUGCAAGUCAAAUGGAACAUUAUCCUAGGAUUGAGAACCCUGGACACGCAUAUACAUUCUCCUACAAGGAGAGAGAACC